ACUGCGAGACAGGUGAGUAGGGGAUAAACCUGGGCCCUGGGUGGCGCGCACCUACAGGGUUUUUAGACUCCCCUCAGGCUCACGCGUAAGUGGCGGAUUUUUGGGCCUCACGCGGUGAGUAACAUAUUAAAUAUGGGUAACGUACCGAGUAACGACACCCAGCCCUUGGUACAGGUCCUCCGGAAGCUCUUAAAGUCCAGAGACCUCAAGGUGGGACGCAAAACGCUGGAGAGCUUUUUUGAGGAGAUUGAUAGUUUCGCUCCCUGGUUCUUGCCCACAGGGCACUUAAACCUGCCCUCGUGGGAGAAGUUGGGCAGGGAUCUUUCUCUAGCGGAAAGGGAGGGCGGGGCUUCGGUCUUCGCUCGGCCACUGUGGGAAAUGAUAUAUGCAUGCUUGAAGAGCGAGGGUGGUUGCAGGGAAGGUUCUCAAGAGCUCAUUAAAGUGCGUAGGGCAUUCGAACAGGCCCAGUCAGGGAGCUCCCGGGAGGGGUCCGUCAAAGGAGACAAAGAUAUAAAGGAGGAAGACGGGGCUCAGGCCUCGGAGUCGUCUGACUCCGAGAACGAGAAAGGCUUAGACAACGAUGAGACCAAGGAGCCUAGAUGCCAAGAGGAUAGGCCGCUCGAUAAGGAGUCGCAGGGUUCUUUCUCAGCGUUGCGCCGCGAAUUGCGCUCCGCUCAACUUGGUCUGCGGAGGAGUAGAGAGCUCCUGAGCGCCCCCUGGCGCGAGAGGGAGGCGAAGCCUUCCGCCCCACCUUGGGGGCUGUUCCCGGAAGCGAUCCCUCGCCACGAGGCGGCCGCGUGGGAGCUCCAUCCCCUUUCGCCAGAACAGGAAGUGAUGCACGGGCCCCCAUUUUCCGCCCAAUCACGGCCGCCGUCUUAUGCUCCGCCGCCGGCGGGUCGGUAUUUUUACAGGCGGCUUUGGCAGGGGGGACGUUUGUCUCAUGAGGUACAUCCACCACCUGGGAUAGAUAGUGGCCCCUACGGGAUAUUUCCUGUACAAGUAGCUAUGGGCCAGGGACGUAAUGCAUGGGAGCCUUUUGAGAUAAAGCAGAUUAGAGAACUUAAAAAUGCAGUUACAACCUUUGGGCCGACUGCGCCUUACACCAUUGCCAUGCUGGAGAACCUGUCUUCUGGGCCCCUCACCCCCGCGGACUGGAUUCAGCUGGCAAAGGCGUGUCUGCCCUCGGGUAGUUACCUAGAUUGGCGAGCCUGGUACACAGAGUUCUCUGCCGAGCAGGCUGAAAAAAACGCCGGUCGAGGAAAUGGGGGCUGGGGAUUUAGCUUAGCGGCAUAAGCGCCUGCCUUGUAAGCAGGCAAUCGCCAGUUCGAUCCCUGGUACCAAUAAAAAAAAAAAAAAAAAAAAAAAAAAAAAACAAAAAAGAUAAAAAUAAAAAAUAAAAAACAAAAAGGGGGAGUAAGCCAAGGCCUGGCCCCAAAGGCACGAUUAUCCAUGGCACUAUUCACACACAAUUUUUUAAAUUUAAAUAAUGAUAAUUGCUCCCCAGCUGUGGAGCACUGCAACCCUUCCCCCAACCAUAAAGGGUGGGUGAAGUGGAAAGAUGUCCUGACAGGACAAUGGAUGGGCCCGGAUCCAGUGGUCAGCUGGAACCGAGGUGCGGUUUGUGUCUUCCCACAGGAACCGGGACGAGAACCACUGUGGGUACCGGAGAGACUGACACGGGCGACAAAGCCCUCGACUAAAGAUCAGACCUGCCCUACCGGAGAUCCAUCACAGACCAACCAACAAGAUGAAUAGAAAUAGCGGUAGCCCAAAAUAGAGAAGAAGAUCCUCAGGCAUAUGCAUGGCUCGCUCGCCUAGCCUACGACCGAGUCUAGGGACGGAGCUCCAGUCUUCACCUUCCUCUUGGACAUUGUCUGCUGGCUUCUAGCACAGACUGUUCAGUCUUCCAUUGCAGAUUCUUCAGCCUUCUGAUACGGACUUGCACGGGACAGUACAGUGAGCUCCGGACCUUCAAACUUUAACUGGAUCCUUUGAAUCUUCAGCAUGUAGACAGGUCUUUUUGCACUCUCUCACACUCAACUUUCUGAGUGGCAACUACAUUGUAAAUCCUUAUAUAUUUAUAUACCUUGCAUUAAAUUUGUCUCUGUACUGAGCACUGAUUGAUA